GAGACGCUUCUAUUUCGCCAUAACCCCUCUGUGUUUUUGUGUGUUGUGUUUUCUGUUUCCUUCACAUUUUGAUUAUCCCAAUAGCUUAAAUUUUUUUUAUUGUUUUUUUUUCAUUCUCUGAAACUCGCUCGAAACGGUACGAAAAUGGGGAUGCAACAGCAGGUGGAGAAAAUGCAGCUCCGGCAGGGGUUUCAAAAUCUGUGGCAUACCGAUUUGAUGGGCACUGUGACCGCCGAUACUCCAUAUUGUUGCUUUGCGUGUUUCUGUGGUCCGUGUGUUUCUUACCUGCUACGCAAGCAAGCUCUUUAUAAUGACAUGUCAAGGUACAAAUGCUGUGCCGGAUUUAUGCCGUGCAGUGGAAGAUUCGGAGAAAGUCACUGCCCUGAAUUGUGUCUAGGCACUGAGGUUUGCUUCUGCUUUGGAACUUCGGUUUCCUCAACACGCUUUCUAAUACAAGAUGAACUCAACAUAAAAACAACACCCUGCGAUAACUGCAUGAUUGGAUUUAUGCUCGUCCUCAGCCAAAUUGCAUGCAUAUUCUCCUUGAUUGCUUGCAUAACUGGAAAUGAAGAGCUGGGUGAGCUUUCGAAUGUCUUGAGCUGCAUUGCCGACACGGUCUUUUGCUCGGUCUGUGCUUGCAUCCAGACACAGCACCAUUUUGAACUGAACAAAAGAGAUGGAAAGCUUCCGCCGGCGGUUUUGGGAGUGCCUCAGGUGCAGCAGAUGUCGCGUACUGAUGAGAAAAAUCCAUCACAAACCGGAUAUUAUUAAAUGUGAUACAUGCAGCAUUACUCUUUAAUUUUUCAUAUGAAUUAAUCAAUAGAGGUCAUUUACUUACAAACUACAAUUAAAUAGCAAUUCUUGGUAAUAGACCACAAUAUUUAUCCCCUCUUACCUGAAUCUUUGAAAGGUUAAAACGCAGCGUUUGACUGGGGGAAAAAUGUUUAAGGGGUUGCACCCAUUGUGUACAAAAAUUUUGCAAAGGUAAAACAUUGGCAGAGAGAGAGAGAGAAUUGUAGAAAAAACAGACGAUAUAUC